AUGGAUCUAUUCGCUAGUAAACCGGUUAUGGGAGCUGGCUCAAGAGAAUCUGUAGAAGUUGACGAUAAGAACGUUAAGGAAGAGAGGAAAUUGAACACUUCGCUUAAAGAUGAACUGGUUACGAUUGCAGUGCAGGAUAAUAGUCCAAGUAUAGCAACUACAGCAACGGCAACACCUGCUUCAGAAACAGAAACUCAAGUGACAGUAACGGCAACGUCAUCUUCAGAAGCAGCUCUGCCUACAUCUACUGCGGCAGAUUUCGAUACAGCUUCUCAAACGACUACGGUACCUGCAUCAGCUGAUUCCACGGCGUCAGUCGAAGAUAAGGGUGCUACUGUAGCCUCUUCAACUAUAACAACACCCAUAACAGCGGAGUCUGAACCUUCCCUUCCCUCUGAAGAUUCCACAUCUAUUCCCGUCCUGGAAAGUACGGAGAAUGCGCAGUCUUCAAGCAUAUCUGAGUCAAAUGAUGGAUUUAAAAAGACAACAAUUAUGGAUGAGACAUCGGCCACAACAUCCCAUCCCGAUCAAACUGAAAUCACCACCACUGAAGCAGCUACUGAGGCUUUAGUUACGGAAAGUGUUAGAGCAAUUGAGACGACGUUCACAUCGCUGGAGACUACUACCCUGCCCAGUACGAGUGUUUCAGAAGUGGUGGAAGCAGAAGAGACUACAACAUCUGUCUCUAGUGAGGCACCUAAGAAAGAGGAAGAAGAGCAAGAUGCUAGUGGGGAAGCUUCGACGCCGGAAGUGUCAACUACGAUUGAAGUCACGGAAGUGACCGAGGAAAUCGUUACUUCGACAAUAGAACCAUCGUCAACAACAAUCACACCUUCAACAACAGUAGCCUUCACUGAAUCAAGCUCUGAUGGCAACACCGUAGAACUUACGACUAACGUAAUUACAGAUGACACUGCAGCAGUUACAGAAACCACCACAGCGUCGGUGUUGCCCCGUGAAGAAGCCACAGUUAGUAGUGUCACGACAGACUUCAGCGCAACUCAAACAUCAAAUGUCCUCAGUACGACUUCAGCAGCACAAGAAAUUUCUGAUGCUACAACGGCAUCUACUGUCUCCCUUGAGAGUAGUUCAACAGAAGCUUUCAGUAAGGAUGACGCCAGUGAAUCACCAGAACGAACCGUGCCAGAUCACACCACCACUGUGGCGCAGACUGUUGAUGCAACCGAAGUCUCAACCACUACAGCUAAAGCCUUAGAGGAGACAACUGAAGUAGUUGAAUCUUCUCUCACCACAAGCGCGGCAGUGUCGAAAGAAGAAACAACAAAUCCUAGCACAACUGAGCUUAUA